AUGCCGAUUGUGGCUCUUCCCCAGACCACAGUUCGCGCGAUUGGAUCUACAUCUGUCAUCUCCGACCCCUGCUCCGUGGUCAAGGAACUGAUUGAUAAUGCUCUCGAUGCGUCUGCAACAUCCCUGCAGGUGGAACUUACACAGAAUACCCUCGACGUGAUCCAGGUCAAAGACAAUGGCCAUGGGAUUCCUACCGAGGAUCAUUCGAGUGUCUGCAAACACACCUUCACCAGCAAGAUUCAGACUGUGGAUGACUUGAAGAAUGUUGGAGGCUCAUCGUUUGGCUUUCGUGGAGAGGCUUUGGCGAGCGUGGCGGAGAUGUCGGGCGGCAUCACUAUCAGUACACGGUCCGCUUCUGAGGUGACCGGGACAUGCCUGAAGUAUGCGAGGGAUGGAUCGCUCUCAAGUUAUACGCGCACGUCUCAUCCCGCUGGAACAACACUACGUGUAACUGAUUUUCUGAAGUAUAUACCUGUUCGCAGGCAGACGGCGCUCAAAGACGCGACCAAAACUCUGACUAAAAUCAAGAAGCUUCUUCAAGCGUACGCCUUUGCCCGCCCUGCUGUGAGAUUCUCAAUGAAAGUGCUCAAGGCCAAAAAUGAGAACAAUAGUUGGAUGUACGCACCCAGUGCAGAUGCAGGGAUCGCCGAUGCAGCAAUCAAAGUUGUCGGAAGGGAUGUGUCUUCAUGUUGUGUGGUCAAGAAUAUCGCAUCCGAGUCAUUGAACCCAAGUGGCCAUGAGUUGCUUGCCUUCCUCCCGAAGGCAGACGAACUUGUCAAAGCCAACAAUCAAGGACAGUUCAUCAGCGUUGAUGGGCGUCCCCUUUCCAUAAGUCGGGGGUUUGGCCUGAAUGUUGCGAAACUCUUCAAAUCCUAUGCCCGUGCCGCUGCAUCACGAAAUGAAGCAGCAAAGUCUAUUGCGGAUCCAUUUCUGUGCCUUCAAUUGAAGUGUCCACAAGGAACCUACGACAUCAACAUCGAACCUGGCAAGGAUGACGUGUUGUUUGAAGAUCGCGAAUUGAUAUUUGGCAUACUGGAGAGUUUCUUUCGCGAAACUUACGGACCAUUGCCAGAUGCUCAAAAGGCGAGCCCCAAAAAAGCACAGAAAGCAUCUGUGGCUGCCCAAAGGAACACUGGGUUUGAGAUCCUCAUGUCCCGAACGCGCCCAGAGAUCCCCUCCAAUCAAUCUCAAAGCCCAGAGAUUCCCGCCAGUGUUGCUCCUGGAAGCUCCCUUUCUCAACAAAGCGGUCAUCAAUCAUCGGGACCUUUAUCUCCUGAUAGCUAUCACGACGGUGCAUUUGGGAACGCAACUGGUGGUCACACAGCUACCGCGGAAUGCCGAGGCUCGCGGUUCAUCAAUCCCUGGUCCAUUUCGAGAAUCAACGCUUCUUUCCAAACCCCACAGAGACAGCGCGCUCCCCAGUCAAGCGGACCUCCUACUGUUUUCGAAACGGCUCAACAUAGCGACCUGCAACAAGAUGCAGCCAUGAGACCCGAUUACCAGUCACCUCCCCAGAGCUCUGAUAUGAGCUCUUCGACGCCUGGGCCUGCAUCGAUCUCUUUGUUGGCACAUCAGCGUCGAUCCCAGCCAUCCAUGGGAUCACUACCUGGAACCGCAUCUACUGCCACCAGUGGCCGCAAGGCAGCAAGGCAGCGUGACAAAGAGCGAUACGGGAAUGGUGCGCUUGACACAUUGUUUCAGCGCACUACGGGAGCAUCAUUGACUCAACAAGUACCAGAGCCAACAGCUGAGCUGGACUUUCAAGUUCCCACACUAUCCCAACUUGCGCAAGAGAGGUUUCAAUCGCCUCCCCAGCCUCCCCAGCCUUCGAUCGGCGAAGUGGUCCCUGCUCUAGAAGACCGUGGAGUGGGAGAUGAGUACUCCGAGGCUCCAGAAUCUCAGCCUUCACCUCAAGAAGCGGGCGCAUUGCCCACAGAUCAGAAUCAAGAACCAGAAGGCUCUAUGGAUAGUGGGCGAGGGUUUCCGGUUCUAGAAAAGUGGGCUGCAAGUCUUCAUGAAGGUUUCAACCCCAAUGCAAGCCUCGAUCUGGAAUGGGCGCUCGACUUCGAAAAGCGCAAGAAAGAAGCAAACCAGAGGAAUCGCGCACGCCCCGCGGGCCGCGACUUCCAAGAAAGCUCUCAAAUUACUACCUGCACGGGCCUAUCGCCUCAUAAAAAUAGAUACGUUGCAGCAAAAGCAGCAUUGUCAGCCGACCAAUCCGCGGCAGCAGAAACCACUUCGGUAUCAUCACUCCCUCAACAUGACCCAAGAGCCUACCUGAUGCGUUAUGGAGACAAGCCCGAUGCCGGAGGGUCAGCCAAGAACAGCGCGGCUGCACGGCGGCUUCAUGCGAGUCGACUGCCACUUGAACGUACACCAGAAGAAUACAAUAUCCACAAUGUCUGCCUUCCGAUGACUUCCGAUCUGUCGCUCACGUCUCAGUUAUUGAACUUGACGUGUCCAAUCGACACUUAUACUCACUUCGGAAAGGAAGCUGGAGCCUUCUCUGGUUCCAAUACAGAAUCCAUUCUGUCCUUCUGGAACCAGCGUCUAAUCACGCUUGUCAACGAAAAAUAUACGGCUGGCGACAAAUUGCCAUCUUCUGAAUGGCCAAUUGAUCUCGCGUCGAUCAUCGAGCAACAUCUGAAACAAUUCCCAACGCAUUGA